UGCAAGGACGGAAGAGAUUGGAAGCGCCCCUCUCAAUUUGAUCACUGUAUUCAUGCCUAAGAAUUGGAAUGAUAACAAAUAUGGCAAUCCGGAAUAUCAUAACCAGACGCUCAUUCCGCAGCAUGCCCAAAUCAUCAUCAAUCGCCAUCUACCUUCCACAAUUUCCAAACCCAAAUUCCCGUGCUUUCUCGGAAAUUCCAGCAUGCCACCACAGGGGUUUGGUUUCUCUCUCCGCUCUAUUCCGAAGGUAUGGGUUCCCGCCUACUGAGUUCCCUGAUUUUCUGAAAAAGAAUGAGUUUUUAGGGAACUCAAGCCCCUCGGAGAUCGAAAAGUCAUUUAAGAUUUUACUGUCCUUAAAACCGUCCCAGGAUUUUCUUGUUUCUAUAGUGAGUGGUUGUCCGAGAGUUCUGCAACUUGAUUUCUUGGAGAAGUGGAGACUGGGUGUUAAACAGUUGGGAGUGUAUAAUAUUACAUCAGCUGCAAUUAGGAAUGUUCUUGACAUUUCGAUGAGAUUUGAGGUCAGCCCGAAUGAUGUUUAUAGACGCGUUGAGUGUUUGAAGGGUUUGGGGAUUAGUGAGGAAAUUAUCAGUAAAGUUUUAGAAGCUGUGCCUAUGGUAGUUAUGUGGAAGGAAGAUGAAAUUCGAGCUACAGUUGACUUUUUUAUGGGGGUCGGAAUCCAGAGAAGAGAAAUUGAUAGGGUAUUUGGUUUGUUUCCUGAGGUUCUGGCAUUUGGAGUGGACAAUAGGUUGAAACCUUUGGUUGAUGAGUUUGAGGAUCUGGGUUUUAGCUUAAGUGAAAUUAGGAGAGAGGUUCUUCGAGACCCAAAAGUUCUUGGGUUGGAGAAUGGGGAGCUUUCACAGUGUUUGGAAAUGCUGAGGAGUUUAAAAUGCAGGGUGGUGAUAAAACAGAAUAUUUUUCUGGAUGGAGAAUUUAGGGCUGCGUAUAAAGUGAAACUCAGGGUUGACUGCUUAAGGAAACAUGGGUUGACAUAUAGAGAUGCAUUCACUGUGGUGUGGAAGGAGCCAAGGGUGAUUCUGUAUGAGAUAGAGGAUAUCCAGAAGAAGAUUGAGUUUUUGGUUCAUCAGAUGAAGUUUGAUGUACAAUGCCUGGUUGAAGUGCCUGAAUAUUUAGGGGUGAAUUUUGAUAAACAGAUUAUUCCUCGGUUCAAUGUGAUUCAAUAUUUGCAGUCAAAUGAUGGACUUGGAGAUGAGGUGGGUUUGAGAAAUUUAGUCAAGCUCAGUAGAUUGAGAUUCUAUAAUAUGUAUGUGAAGCCAUAUCCAGAAUGUGAAAAGAUAUAUGGAAGGUUUGCUGGAGAUGUUGCCAUUCGGACCCGCCAUCCGGUUGGAAUGUGGAAGCUUUUCAAGCCACAACAACAUCCGCAGUCAGGCGAAGAUAUUAAGAAUAUCAAGUCAUACAUGGAAUCAUUGCCUUGACCAAAAGACAUUGACCCUUGGUGGACUUGGUGUUCUUCUCCGAAUUCUUGCACAUUCGGUUCAUGAUGAAAAGCUCUGGUGGUAGGCUUUUGCUUGCUUGUGAUAUUUUUCCAGAUGCUUGUCUGCAGCUCGAUCAAAGGCAGUUGAUGUUUUGGUACUCUUGCCUGCUGCUGCAACUGUUUACUUUAAUUCAUGGCCUUUUGUCAUCUAAUGUAGCAGAAGGCAAUUUCUGGCUAUGAAACAUUCAGCACAGAUUCCCAGUCAUAUCUGUUGUAUCAGGAAGAUGACACCAAUUACAACAUGAUCAAGCAGUCAUCCGUUUCUGAUCGCUCCACAAGAAAAUUUGGGAUAAUUCUAUCUGGAUUACCUGGAUGGGAAGUUUAAGGCAUACUUGAGUGUUUAUGAAGUGUCAAUGUUGAGAACUGGAAAAAAGCUUCCUUGGGAGUUCAUGUUCCAAACUGUAACCAUCAGCCACCAACUCCUCUCCUCACUUUCAGGCUCGCUGAUUAUACUUCGCCUCCAGAUGUCAUCUUUUUCUACCUUCGACCGGACAGAUUAUCUUCUUAACUCGUAAGCUGAAGAAUUGAAGAGGUGGUGAACAAUUGGAAUUUUGAUGAAGUAUGAACAGUUUCUAUUGCCCCACCUCAAAGUGCAAUUCAUGGUAGUCUACAGAAUAGCCCUUCCACCAUUGAGGAGGGAUGGAUCUUGGUUCUGGGAGGAAUUGUUGUUUAUGGUUUCCUUAUCGUGUUCUAUAAUGGCUAUGAGAUUUGAUUGUCUUGAAAUAUUUCAAGUGCUUGAUUGAUCAUUCGAUGAUUUGAAUAUCAAUGAUAUCAUAAAAGAAAAUGCUGAUGUUAUGGUUUAA